AGGUUUGCAAGGCUCUCCUUCCUGGAGAUCAGAGGAUCCCAAACUCCCACGAAAUCUCCCUUCUUCAAACAAAGGAGUCCCUAGGACUUUAACUCUGUGUGACGUCGCUCAGCAUCAUUGCACAACAGAGGAAAGGUGCAAAUGGUCCCCCCCCCCAAAAAAAAAAUACCCCACAGUGAGUAAUGGAGGAAAGGUGGGAGAGAAAGGCCAGGAAUGAAGAGAGGGAUCCCAGCCCAUAGUCUGGCUGCUGCAUUGCAAACCAGUUUCCCAGUCGUCUCCAAGGGCAGCUCCACACGGAGGCCACUGCAGCAAUCCCCUCGCACCCAGAGCAUGGCAUCCCAGGACUAGCACCCCCCCUCCCCCAAAAAAAACCGUCUAGGAAGGAAGGAAAAGUGGGAAAGAAAGGCCAGUAAUAAAGAAAGAGAUCCCAGCCCAUAGUCUGCCAGCUGCAUUGUGGACCAGUUCCCCAGUUGUCUCCAAGGGCAGCUCCACACAGAGGCCUCUGUGCAAUCCCCUCACAGCUGUCCAUGCGGACUGCCUAGCAAGAGUGCUGCAUGCUCUAGUUAUCUCCCGCUUGGACUACUGCAAUGCGCUCUACGUGGGGCUACCCUUGAAGGUGACCCAGAAACUACAACCAAUCCAGAAUGCACCAGCUAGACUGGUGACCGGGAGCAGCCACCGAGACCAUAUAACACCAGUCCUGAAAGACCUACAUUGGCUCCCAGUACAUUUCCGAGCACAAUUCAAAGUGUUGGUGUUGACCUUUAAAGCCCUAAACUGCCUCGCCCAGUAUACCUGCAGGAGCGUCUCCACCCCCAUCGUUCUGCCCAGACACUGAAGUCCAGCGCAGAGGACCUUCUGGUGGUUCCCUCACUGCGAGAAGUGAAGUUACAGUGAACCAGGCAGAGGGCCUUCUUUGUAGUGGCACCUGCCCUUUGGAACGCCCUCCCACCAGAUGUCAAAGAGAACAACAACUACCGUACCAAACUUUUAGAAGACAUUUUAGAAGACAUCUGAAGGCAGCCCUGUUUAGGGAAGCUUUUAAUGUUUGAUGGACUACUGUAUUUUAAUAUUUUGUUGGAAGCCGCCCAGAGUGGCUGGGGAAACCCAGCCAGAUGGGCGAGGUAUAAAUCCAGCGCUGAUUGAAGGCCUUCUGGUGGUUCCCUCACUGCGAGAAGCAAAGCUACAGGGAACCAGGCAGAGGGCCUUCUUGGUAGUGGCACCCACCCUGUGGAACGCCCUCCCAUGAGAUGUCAAAAAGAUAAAUAACUACCUGACAUUUAGAAGACAUCUGAAGGCAGCCCUGUUUAGGCAAGUUUUUAAGGUGUGACAUUUUAAUGUGUUUUUUAUAUUUGUUGGAAGCCGCCCAGAGUGGCUGGGGAAAUCCAGCCAGAUGGGCGGGGUACAAAUAAUAAGUUGUUGUUGUUGUUGUAAAUCAGCCAAGCCGGAAAUGGACGCUGCUACUCACUGAGCCUCCAGGGACCUUGGCAUCAAAGGCUGUGUGUGUGUUAAGCUAUCUAAUAGAAGUUUAAUAAUAAAUUGCCCGCCUAAAUUUCAAGGGAGAUGUCUUUGGCCCAGUCCAUUUGGCCCUCAGGGGGUUGUCCUGAUACAUACCUGUCUCUCAGAGCAAAAAGGGGGGGGGCCAAGGAGUCAGUCUUGAGAGCAACAUAGAGUCCAAGUACAAGAAAAUGAGUCAGAAGCAGGGGGGAGCAACUCCUGAGGACCCCCAAGUGACUGACUCCCUUGUCAGUCAGUUCUGGCUUCAUGCAUUCACUGGAAGGCAGGUGCAACCAGUCUGAUUCAUCUCUCAGAAAUCCCUUGAGUUGCCUCCACAUUUUGCAUUGCUAGAGGGCUAGAGACUUACUUCUUCUCCCAUUCCUAGUUCUCUUUCUUUUCAAAAUGUUAUCUCAUGGUUUGGGCUGUGGUGCCGUCCAGCCCUGGUUCCUAGCAAGACUCAACCAUGCUUGCUAAUGGAAACUUUUUCCUCUCCUGAUCGACAAAUUCUGUAACAAAACAAUGUUUUUGCUUUGUAGACUUUGCUUGAGCUUCUCAUUAAGAAGGACAGAACAUGGCAGAAGACCAAAGGGUUCCUUCCGAUCUCUUAGAGCAUGCAUGUCCAACAGGUAGAUCGUGAUCUACUGGUAGAUCACUGGACAUCUGUGGUAGAUCACUGGUAGAUCAUUGGCUAGAUCACUGGCUCCCCCCAAAGAAGCUGAACAACUGUGGCUCCCCUAAAAAAAAACCUCAACAUUUUACCUUCUCCUUUAAAAAACUCAACAACUUUUUACCUGAACCCCUCUGUGAGUAGAUCGCACUCUCUUGGGAGUUGGCCAGCCCUGUCUUAGAGGCUUCCUGAGAGCACAGAUGGAUGAGCAAGACUCAGCUGGCUCUGAAGCAGGAAGAGGGCAUGCCAUCCAAACUGGGAGGACGCCCUCCACUCAGAGGUGCAGAGCCAGCAGUUGAGGCAGUUCUGCUGCCAGGAAGCCAAAGGACCCCGAGAGGUUUGAGGCCUACUCUACCACCUUGACCGUCAGUGGCUGAAGCCAGAGAGGCACUAAAAAGCUGAAAUGCCGGACCUGGUGAUCUUGGAGCAGUUCCUGGCUGUCCUUCCACCGGAGAUGGAGAGCUGGGUUGGGACAGUGGAGUGGAGACCAGUUCCCAGGCAGUGGCCCUGGCUGAAGGUUUCCUCCUGAGUCAGGCAGAGAACAGAAAGCAGGCAGAGCAACAGGUGAGAGAGACUUUCCUCUGGAUACUCCCAAGGGACUCCAAAAAGGAUGGAGAACAUCACAUAAUGCCCCACUGAUGGCCUAUCCUUUUACCUGGAAGACAUCCAUGGAAUGAGAUCUAACACCCUUAAACUUUUCGUAAUUGUCAUUUUCUUUCUCAUAUUUCUUGCCAUUCAUUCUCUGUUUCUUGCCAUUCAUUCUCUGUUUUGAAUCAUUAUUUUCUCUUUUGAAUCGUUAUUUUCUUUUUCAGGGAAAGGAUCUCUUUGCAGAAAUGGACUUGGAUUCCUGUGAGGCAGAGAGGCCUCCGUUGGACACCAGAGAGAAGCCGCUGGGUGAUAGAAUGAUGCUGGCAAGACCUCCCUUUUCACCUUUUCAUAGGAGCAGAAGGGAAGCAGUGGCUGUGGAACCAGAUCAGGGUCCAGUGUGCUUUCAAGAUGUUCCUGUUCGUUUCACAGACAAGGAUUGGGCGUUGCUGGAUCCUGACCAGAGAGCUCUGCAUAAGGACGUCAUGGAGGAGAAUUGUGGGAUCGUGGCCUCUCUUGAUUGUGAUGAAUUGGAAAUUGAUAACAAGGGAGACCACAACAAAAUCCCCAGAGAGGAGAAGCGAAAUAAAAAUUUGGAGUGUGCACAGAGCUGCAGUCAGAGCUCCCAUUCCACUUCCCAACAAAGAAAUCUCAUUGGAAAGAAACCCUAUCAGUGUGUGGAAUGUGGAAAGAGCUUCAGUCAGAUCUCCUCUCUCACUUCCCAUCGAAGAAUUCAUACAGGGGAGAAACCCUAUCAGUGUGUGGAAUGUGGAAAAAGCUUCCGUCGGAGCACCGAUCUCACUAUCCAUCAAAGAAUUCAUACAGGGGAGAAACCCUAUCAGUGUGUGGAAUGUGGUAAGAGCUUCAGUAUUAGCUCCCAUCUCACUUCCCAUCAGAGAAUUCAUACAGGAGAGAAACCCUAUCAGUGUGUGGACUGUGGAAAGAGCUUCACUCAUAGCUCCCAUCGCACUUCCCAUCAGAGAAUUCAUACAGGGGAGAAACCCUAUGUGUGCUUAGAAUGUGGAAAGAGCUUCCGUCGGAGCACCGAUCUCACUUACCAUCAAAGAAUUCAUACAGGGGAGAAGCCAUAUCAGUGUGUUGAAUGUGGAAAGAGCUUCAGUACAAGCUCUCUUCUCAUUUCCCAUCAAAGAAUUCAUACAGGCGAUAAACCUUAUCACUGUAUGGAAUGUGGAAAGAGUUUCAGUCAGAGCUGCAAUCUCACUUUCCAUCAAAGAAUUCAUACAGGGGAGAAACCCUAUCAGUGUGUGGAAUGUGGAAAGAGUUUCAUUAAGAGCACCAAUCUCACUUCCCAUCAGAAAAUUCAUACAGGGGAGAAACCCUAUCAGUGUGUGGAAUGUGGAAAGAGCUUCAUUAGGAGCACCGAUCUCACUUCCCAUCAGAUAACUCAUACUGGGGAGAAACCCUAUCAGUGCAUGGAAUGUGGAAAGAGCUUCAUUCACAGCUACAGUCUCAUUUUCCAUCAGAGAAUUCAUACAGGGGAGAAACCCUAUCAGUGUAUGGAAUGUGGAAAGAGCUUCAGUAGGAGUACCGAUCUCACUUCCCAUCAGAGAAUACAUACAGGGAAUAAACCCUAUCAGUGCAUGGAAUGUGGAAAGAGCUUCAGUCAAGGAGCUCAUCUCACUUCCCAUCAGAGAAUUCAUACAGGGGAGAAACCCUAUCAGUGUGGGGAAUGUGGAAAGAGCUUUAGUCAGAGUGGCCAUCUCACUUCCCAUCAAAGAAUUCAUACAGGGGAGAAACCCUAUCAGUGUGUGCAAUGUGGAAAGAGCUUCAGUCAAGGCUCCCAACUCACUUCCCAUCAAAGAAUUCAUACGAAGGUCAGAAAAAAACCCCUUAUUAAAUAGCUUUAGGAGCCAAGCAAAUACGGACCUGUUUAACCAGGCCUUUGGCUGGUUAACAUCUAAUGCCCUUGUAAAUUGUGGUGGGGAGGGGAGUUACAGGUGUGUAUUUUGUAUUUUUAUAUUGUGUUUUUACGUUGUAACCGUCCUGAGACCUGUGGGUGUUGGGAAUUGGUCCCAACCUUUAGAGGCCGAGGGGUCUUUGCCUCCAUAAAAUAUUUGAGGGGGCAACCCCCCAGUUGAUAGGUAUUGCCAUUCCAGUGGUAUGUAUGCAUCAUGUGAUUGAUUGUGGAAGGUGGGCCUUAGCUGCCCCCCCCCCCACAAUAUCUUAUUCAUGUCGGAACUACUGGUUCAGGUGGUAUACAAGUUAAAUAAGUACAUAAAUCCCCUUCCUUUGCACAUGUUCUAAAUUGUCAAUAUCCUUAUUUAUUAUCAUUUUAAAAAAUUAUGUGCCCUUCAUCUGAAGAUAUCACAACAGAAACAUACAGAAUGAAAGCAAGACUUUCUCAAAAACAAGUGAAGCUAGAGAAAUCUCUCCGCCCCUUUUUUGGGAUGGGGUUCAUUGAUGAGGGGAUUGCUGUGGAAAUAGUGCAUAUUGAUUUCAGUAAGGCUUUUGACAUAGUCCUCGCAAUAUUUAUGUGAGGAAGCUGGUAAAAUGUGGGCUGAAUGAGGUAACUGUUAGGUGGAUUUGACAGACCGAACCCAAAGAGGACUCCUUUGUGGUUCCUCCUCAUCCUGGGGAAAAGUGACAAGAGGGGUGCUGCAGGGUUCUGUCCUGGGCCUAUUGUUGAACGUCUUUAUAAAUGACUUGGAUGAAGGAAGUGAGGGGAUUCCCAUCACAUUUGCAGACAACACCAAACGGGGAGUGGAGGUUAGGGUUAGGGUUAGGGUUAGCGAAGGAGGUGUGGCGAUUCACUCCACCUGCACAGAACCCCCAGACGUUUGAUGGUCCGUUGGUACCUGCACCAACCACUGAUCUAUUACCUGCUGCCACCAACUAGUAUAUGCCUGAUAAUCUCUUCAUUCACUCCAGUCAGGGAUAAUGUUGGAACAAACUGUGUUUAUUGAAGUUCAGUACAUAAGCAUGUGGUUUCCAAAUGAAUAGUUCUUAUUAUCUUUAAUAACAAGUCUUACACUGGCGUAUACCUACAGUUGUUAAUCAAUCACAGUUACAGACUAUCUCUCCCUUCUUCUUACCUCACUACCUCUCUCUCCCCUCAGACUCUCUCCCCCUGCCCCUCUCAGAACUCCCCGCCAUCCUUCCUCAAACCUCCAAAAAACCAACAACCCCCUCCUCUUCCCAGGGUGGGUUUAUAUAGUCCUAACUCCGCCCCCUAGAGUUCUAACUGGCUAAUCCUUUUAACUCCUUCUAUGCUGUCCCUAAAUUUGGGGUGAUCGUCACAGGAGGUGACAACAGUUGGUGCAAUAAUUAGCAAAUGGAAGAAAAACAAAAUAACUGUCCAUUUCCCUCGGUCUGGGGCUCCAUGCAAGAUCUCAUCUCAUGGAGUUGCAAUGAUCAGGAGAACGGUGAUGAAGCAGCCCAGAACUUGUGGGGGGACCAUAGUGACCAUGAAAACAGUUGGUAACACACUACACCGUGAAGGACUGAGAUCUUGUAAAGCCCGCAAGGACCCUUGCUCAAGACAGCACAUGUACAGGCCCGUCUGCAGUUUGCCAAUGCACAUCUGAAUGACCCAGAGGAGAACUAGGUGAAAGUGUUGUGUUCAGAUGAGACCAAAAUCGAGCUCUUUGGCAUCAACUCAGCUCGCCAUGUUUGGAGGAGGAGGAGGAAUGCUGCCUACGACCCCAAGAACAACCUUCCCCACCGUCAAACAUGGGGUGAGACAUAUUAUGGUUUCGGGGUGUUUAGCUGCUAAGGGGACAGGACACCUUCACUGGGUGAGCACCUCCUUCCCUCAGCCAGGGGUCGAGGAUGGGUAUUCCAGCAUGACAAUGACGCAAAACACAUGGCCAAGGCAACAAAGGAGUGGCUCAGGAAGAAAGCAUUAAGGUCCUAGAGUGGCCCAGCCAGUCUCCAGACCUUAAUCCCAUUGAAAAUCUCUGGGGGGAGCUGAAGGUUCAAGUAGCUACACAUCAGCCUCGAAAUCUUACUAACUUGGAGAGGAUCUGUAAAGAGGAGUGGGACAAAUACCUCCUGGUGUGUGCAAACCCGGUGGCCACCUACAAGAAACGUCUGACGUUUGUAAUUCCCAACAAGGGUUUUGCCACCAAGUACUAAGUCAUCUUUUGCAAAGGGAUCAAAUACUUAUUUCACUCAUUAUAAUGCACAUCAAUCUCUGACUUUUGUCUUCUGGGUUUCUGGGGUUUUUCCUGUUGUUAUUCUGUCUCUCACAGAUUAAAAUUAUGGACUGGACAUUUCUUCGUCAGAGGGCAAACAGGCAAUUUUAGCAGGGGAUCAAAUA